AUGAAGAUGGACUGUGCCUGCUCUAAGCCAGACCUCAGGGGACAAAGGGAGGUGCUAACACUGGGGCCUGUGGUCCAUGGCAUAGUCACCUAUACUCAGGCCUGCCUGAGUGUCCUGGUGACAGCUCCUGGACAGCUGCCCACCCUGGAGCUCUUGGGAGAGAAUGCGGUACAGUGGGGACCAGAGAAGCCUGACGUGUCAAGAAGGUGCAGCAGAGGCAGCGAGGGGCUCAGGGGCGACCUUGGCCUGGGGACCGAGGUGCGGGGGCGGGGGCGGCGGCGUCCCGCACUGUCUCACCGCAGGACCGACCUCGGCCUUAUCGGCUCGGGCAGCUUCCGUCCCCGGCCCCGCCUCCGGGGCGCAGGACCCCAGGGCCCAGGGGAGCCAGGGCCACGGCUGCUGCCCAGCCGAGCGCAGCCGAGCCGGCCCCCAGGGAAGCGGCAGUCCGACUCGCAAACCCACCAGCCGCGCGGAAAGCGGACCCCAGCGCGGCUGCCACCCUCGCCCCUGACCCGCCUGGCUGAGAGCGAUGCCCGUGGCCCCGCGGUCCGGCCUGGGCGGAAGUGCGCUGUCCGCGCGAGUCCCCCAUGGCUGCGAGGCGGAAGUGCCUCCCGCCACCGUGCCGUCUGGCCCCGCGGACCCAGGCGCGUCGGGUUCCGGAGGGCCCCAUGUGACGUGGCCACGCGCCGGGGGCGGCUCCGGGCCGGGGGCCGGCGGCCGGGCGGGGCGCGGGCGGGGCGCGGCACUGCAGCUGGAUGGCCGGGUCCGCCCGGAGCGCCGCAGCUGCCGUCGCCGCCGCCGCUGCACGCACGUGGCGUGCCUGGAUGUCCCUGCCCCGGCUGCGGCAUGGCGGGCCAACGGCUCCUCGUCCUCACUGCCCUUGCCCUGGAGCUCCUGGGAAGGGCUGGGAGUUCCCAGCCAGCCCUCUGGAGCCGGGGGGCUGCAGCAGCCUGUCGCCUGGACAACAAGGAAUGCGAGUCCUGGGGGGCCCUGCUGAGUGGGGAGAGGCUGGACACUUGGAUCUGCUCCCUACUGGGCUCUCUCAUGGUGGGGCUCAGUGGGGUCUUCCCAUUGCUUGUCAUUCCCCUGGAGAUGGGGGCCAUGCUGCGCUCAGAAGCUGGGGCCCGGCGCCUGAAGCAGCUGCUCAGCUUUGCCUUGGGGGGACUCUUGGGCAAUGUGUUUCUGCACUUGCUGCCUGAGGCAUGGGCCUACACCUGCAGCAUCAACCCUGGUGGUGAGAGGCAGAGCCUGCAGCAGCAACAGCAACUGGGGCUGUGGGUCAUUGCUGGCUUCCUGACCUUCCUGGCAUUGGAGAAGAUGUUCUUGAACAGCAAGGAGGAGGGGAUUGGCCAGGCCCCCAGCAAAGACCCCACUGCUGCCGCGCUCAAUGGAGGCCACUGUCUGGCCCAGCCGGCUGCAGAGCCCGGCCUGAGAGCCGUGGUCCGGAACCUCAAAGUCAGUGGCUAUCUCAACCUACUGGCUAAUACCAUAGACAACUUCACUCAUGGGUUAGCUGUGGCUGCCAGCUUCCUUGUGAGCAAGAAGAUUGGGCUCCUGACGACCAUGGCCAUCCUCCUGCAUGAGAUCCCGCAUGAGGUGGGCGACUUUGCUAUCCUGCUCCGGGCUGGCUUUGAUCGAUGGAGUGCAGCCAAGCUGCAGCUCUCAACAGCACUGGGGGGCCUACUGGGCGCCUGCUUCGCCAUCUGUACGCAGUCCCCCAAGGGAGUAGAGGAGACAGUGGCCUGGAUCCUGCCCUUCACUUCUGGCGGCUUUCUCUAUAUUGCCCUGGUGAAUGUGCUGCCUGACCUCCUGGAGGAAGAUGACCCCUGGCACUCCCUGCAGCAGGUGCUGCUGCUCUGCUCCGGCAUCCUGGUGAUGGUGUUGCUCUCAUUCUUCGUGGAGUAGCCAUCGUCUACAUUCCACUCUGCACAGCAAUAAGAGACUCAGAUUUGCUCUGUGACUGUGUGUGUGUGUGUGUGUGUGUAUGUGACAGAAGAUGAGGGCUGAGACAAGGGUGUAUGUGUCGUGCUUGUGUAGUCAGUUGUGUGUAUAAAGACCGACACUGUGACCCAUGUGCAGGGCCAUGGCUCAGCACAGCACCUGCCCCAGGCUCCUCCCCACCAGACCAUCACCUUAUACCAGCCAGAGUGAACAGCAAGGAACAGCAGAGUCUGCUCUCAGCACAGGUCUUGCCUGCCAGGGCCCCAAAAGGAGCAAAGCAGCCCAAGAAGCUCAGGGUUACAGGGAACCCAGAAGCCGUCCCCUCCUGCCAGGGCCCCCUGGACCUCUGGCCUGAGGGAGCAAACCCUCUGCUUCCAUACCCAAGCCACAGACGGCCUAGGUUCUCCCUGCUGUGUCCAUCUUCCUGGCACUUCCUUUACCACCUCUAUAGCCAAAGAAAGAGGAGGCAGUGCCCCACUGAGCACCGAUGGGCCUACAUCUCCCAGCACUGAGCAGAGAUGCUGUAAGGCCUUUUUCUCAGGGCUGCCUGCCCAGGCUAGCUCCUGUUCUCCUGGCGAAUGCUCCCUGGCAGCGCCAGCAGCUCUUGCCACCUCCAGCUGCCAAACGGCAGCCUUGCAGGGCAACAGGCAGCCCCAAGUCAGAGAAGCCUCCUAGGCCAGCUCAGGGAUGUUCUUGCCAGCACAGGGUCCAGUAGACAUGCCUGGGGCAGGGAGUGAGCACCACAGCUGCCCUUCCCUGCUUAGGCCCCUUGUCCUUUGAGAUUAGGGGAAGGUGGGGUGGAGAGGGCUCCGCAUUGUCAGCGCUCAGGAAUGUGGUCUGGGAGAAUGCUGAAGCCAUAAUCCCCAGCUAUUUCCCUUGGCUGACGCCCAGGUACUCAGCUGGUUGGCUGGGCUCCAGCCCUGCUCAACCAUGGGUGUUUAGAGAAGUGGCUGAGUCUAAAUGGUUCUACAGCAGUUUUGCUGUGGCCCAUCUGAAUCUGUAAAUACCUGUUCUAUAGAUGACAUAUGAAUAAAUAUUAUCCAGACUGCCUGCCUGUUCUGCACACUAUAGGGUCCAUGGCCUAGGAGACCAUGUCAUCUCUGUUACCCCGAGAUGUGCCUCUAAAUAUUUCACCUUUUCCUGCCUUGUUCUCGUUAGCCUUUUAUCCCAAUAAUGAUUGAGUACUGAUAUGAGCCUAACACUGGACUAUCUUUAACCUCUCACCAUCCUCAAGAUGUCUUUAUUUGAUGGACCUACAAACCAGGGCUAUCCCCUGCCUCCUCCAAAUCCUUACCCCCUACACACUUAGUAAUUUCAUCAAGGAAGGGAGCUCCAUCCACAAAGUCAUCUCCAGGUGUGACCUCAUGAAAUUAUCAUUUAAGAGAGAGAAAGAAACAAAGGAGAGAAGGGAGGGUAAGGCAAGGGAAAAAAAUCAGAGGACUUAUUUAAACCAUGUCCUCUUCCUUUCUCUAAGUGCAUUGAGUAAAGUAUCGUCAGGCACUGGAAGGGGCACUUCUUCCCCAUGGUGCCAUCAGCUGACAGCAGGAGUCAGAAGUCUUGUCCAUCUCUUUCCUCUCCAAGUCAACCAGCACAGCCUGUACCAGCUGCUGGCUGGGACCAGAUGUCUGCAUUGUCAUGGAGUCUAGGUGAGUGGGAAACCAAAUUAGCUACCUCCCUAGCUGGGAAUGCAUGGCUCUCAGUAUUUCUAUCAGCAAAACAUUUAAAAGGGACACAAUGUCUACUCCAUCUAAUUGUGACAAAUUCAAAAAUGUUAUUAGUCUGGGCCUCAAAGAUCCAAGGAACAAGCCCACAGAUGUCUCUACCACUUUUCACCUUCACCUUAGCAGGUACUCAGGGGAGCCCUGCAGGAUAACUGACAGGCACAUACAAUCAUCCACUAUUACCUUCAGUCCACUGAGGAAGCUGGAGAGGGGGAACCCAUUUCACAGAUAAGGAAGCCAAGAAAGGGUAAAAGUGUGGCCUGGGGAUAAGGUUGUAUAGCCAAGAGGUCCAGCUGGAAGGAAGUAGGGACUGCCAAGUCCAGGGCAGGGGACAGAACCAGAAGCACUUUGGAGGAUGGGCUGCAGGGCUCCUGGAACAGGGGUAUUUUAGAGCAGAGAACAAUGUCCAGAGCAUUUGGGGAGAGUAAGACUAGAAGGAGGAAGUCAGAGCUGGGAAGGAUAGCCCUCUGGGAGAUGGGACAGUCAAUAGCUCACUGUUGGAGAGGGGAGAGGAGGAACAGGAGAUGGCUAAAGGCUUUUACCUCUUUUGAAAAAAGAAAAUUGGGUUCUGAAGGGCUAUUAAACUUUGAAAGGCCACUUGGGGCCACCAGAGACACCAUUAAGAUAGUUCAAUGGGAAGUCAGACAGGCCGCAUUCCCAGUCCUGGGUUUGAAUACCAGCUGCGACACCUGAAACGUUAACUGGAUAACCUUGUCCCAGUUGCUUAACUGCGUCUAUAAAAUGGGGUGCCCUAGUGGUGAUUAUUCUGAUAACUAGAUAAAAUUAUGCGUUAAGACCUACACAAGCUGGGUGAUGGUGGCUAUAACCUUAGCUACUCAGGAGGAUCAAAGUUCAAAGCCAGCCCCAGGCAAAUAGUUUCCGAGACUCUACCCUGAAAAACUCAUCACAAAAAAGG